CUCGGAUCCUCUUCUCUCUCUCAGACGGACCUUGGCGUCUCCACACGCAGCAUUUCACCUCGCUCUUCCCCGUCCUCCGAGCCCUCCGGAGCUGCUGUGCGCGCAGAAACGUAAUGGGGCGGAGGUUGGGCCUGCUCCACUCUCCCCCUCUCCUUCACCUUCAGCUGCGGAUGAUCUGAACGGUCAGUUUACUUUUUUUCCAGCCCAGUUUAAAGGUUUUUGUUUCACUCUGGUCUCUGGUGAUGCAUCCAGACUGGAGCCGCUCCGGGACGCCACCAAACCCGACAGGUGCACCUCUUAUACACGACAAAAGACCAUGUGGAAGCUGGUUGCGCGCAAAGAUGAAGGAAAACUGAUUCAUUUUUGUGUUGUUGCAGAUUUAAGUUAAGAUUCUCGCUUCAUUGUUUUGGACUGAUUAUCAGAAGAUGGAGCGAUCAUUUUGGAAAACGCACGAGUUUGAUCUCGCAGGUUAGACAGGAACCACACGAUGCUGCGUCCAUCCUUGAGGUUGCUGUGUUUGUGGCUGUGCAUCGAGGCCGCGGCGAGUCAGCUCCACUGGCACAAAACAAAGACGACUUUCAGUCCCCAUCAGGAGUCCACCGCCGCUGACAGGAAUGCGCGGAGCCGGAGAUGGCGCACAGGCAUCGGGGAGGACAAUGGAGGGACGCGCGGUGUGAGCGCGCAGUCCUCGUGGCUGUAUUCUGUAAACCCGUCAUCCUCUGACCUGUUGGGGAUGCAGAUAUCCCAACGCCCCGUGCGUAAAAGCGACGCGCCAAAUGGACCGCGGCGCAUCCGACGGGUAUCCGGAGACGAAGCUUUACGCGCGGAUGUAAACAAGGCCGGGAGCGGUGGAUGCCGUCCGGGAGAAGCGCUCCAACAAACCCCGCGUGGACGCACCUGUAGCCUCAGGAGGAGCGGACACAGCCGGCGGCAGAAGCGCAGGAGGAAGCGGAGCGAGCCGCCGCAACACGGAGCCGCCAUGGCGCAGGAACAAGAGGCCGGACCCCCCUUCGGACUCAACAACGCCAGCGACUAUGAGGACGAGUACUCGCUGCCGGACUUUCCCGACACAACGCCGCUCGCGCCCGUGAACCCGCGGACCAGACGGAAGCAGCUUAAGAACCCGUUCUACCCGGUCACCGCGGAGUCGGUCGGGGCGUACGCGGUCGUGAUCGUCGCCGCCGUCAUCUUCGGAGUGGGAAUCAUCGGGAACGUGUCGGUCAUGUGCAUUGUGUGUCACAACUACUACAUGAGGAGCAUCUCCAACUCGCUGCUGGCCAACCUCGCGCUCUGGGACUUCGUCAUCAUCUUCUUCUGCCUGCCGCUCGUGGUGUUCCGCGAGCUCACCAAGGACUGGCUGCUCGGGGAGUUCUCGUGCAGGAUCAUCCCCUACCUGGAGGUGGCGUCUCUCGGGGUCACGACGUUCACACUUUGCGCCUUGUGCAUCGACCGUUUCCGUGCCGCCACCAACGUGCAGCUGUACUACGAGAUGAUCGAGAACUGGGCGUCAACCACGGCCAAGCUCGCCGUCAUCUGGGUGGGCGCUCUGCUGCUGGCGCUGCCCGAACUGCUCAUCCGCCAGCUGGUCACCGAGGACGGCGACCCGCCGGACGCGACGCCGUGCGAGCGCUGCGUGAUCCGCAUCUCCACCGACCUCCCGGACACGCUGUACGUGCUGGGACUCACCUACGAUGGCGCGCGCCUCUGGUGGUACUUCGGCUGCUACUUCUGCCUACCGACGCUGUUCACCAUCUGCUGCUCGCUGGUCACCGCGCACAAGAUCCGGCACGCCGAGCGGGCCUGUGUCCGCGGCGGCAAGAAGCAGAUCCAGCUGGAGAGCCAGAUGAACUGCACCGUGGUGGCGCUGGCCAUCCUCUACGGCUUCUGCAUCAUUCCGGAGAACAUCUGCAACAUCAUCAGCGCGUACAUGGCGGCCGGCAUUCCCCGGAGAACCCUGGACAUCCUGCAGCUGGUCAGCCAGAUGCUGCUCUUCUGCAAGUCGGCGGUGACGCCGGUGCUGCUGUUCUGCCUGUGCCAGCCAUUCACCAGAGCCCUCCUGGACUGCUGCUGCUGCUGCUGCGCCGAGUGCGGCCCAUCACGCCGCGCCUCCGACGACGCCACCACCGCGGCCGACGCCGACGCCGACGCCGACAACGAGCACGCCACCACCGAGCUGGAGCUGUCGCCGUUCAGCACCAUCCGCAGGGAGGCGUCCACCUCCUACGCCGGCGUGGGGACACACUGUUGAGGUGAAAAGGUUAAAGAUCAGCAGCGUCGGGGGGCGGAGCUUCUUGUGGUCGUUCUUCUGAAGGAGUUUCAUUGGUGGACGCGUUGACACAUCAGGCUGUAGAUUCCUGAGGUCUUUUAAAAAACUGUUGGACACGUUUCAUGUUUACUGACGGACACAGUUCGUCCUUUCACUGUUUACAGAGUUCAUAUAUGAAAGAACACACAGACAGUUUUAGCUAAUAGCUUUUAUGUGUUUAGUUCUUUUCAGUUAAUGCACUCAGUCUUACUUUCUGUUUACUGUGACUGUAUUUUACUGAAGCUGAGAGCAGACGUGGACCCUGGAGACCCUGGAGACUCUUGAGAUCACAAGAAAAAAGCUUGAGAUAAUUAAAACGCUUUAUUUCAAGUGUCUGUAAUUUCAUAACAAUUUCCUUUGGAGAAAAGGAGUUACAGUUUAGUUUAAUUUAAAAAGCAGUUGUAAACUGUCCCUUAAAUAGCUGCUCCAUUUAAAUACAAAAUACACAUUAAUAAUAACUUUUAAUCAAAAAUUGUAUUCUCCAGUUAUGUAAAUUUAAAUGCUUUCCUGAAGCAUGUUCAGUUAACUUGAGAAGAUAUAGCAAUUACAUAUUUUACACUUGACAAGUGUAAGAAGUAAAUAAUAGAACAGCUAGAACAGUCACUUUAAAACCAGGAAAUUACAACACGUAUGUCAUAUUACGAUAUCCAAAAUCCAAAACGAUAUCCAGUCACAUGUCACAAUAUCGAUAUAAUAUCUAUAUAUUGCUCAGCAUGCAUGUAGCAAUCAAUCACUGUCUCCAUUUGCCAAAUUACAUUUUUAUUUUUGAGGAAAUUCUAAGGAAAUUACAGACCCCUAAAAUAAAGUUGAACCGUGAUUUGUCGUGAGUUAACGGACAUAAAACCGUGAGCUAAGUGCGUCAUUGGAACGAACAGUAAUAUAUUGAAUCGUUGGUGCUGUGUUUGUGUUUGCUGACGACAUUCUUUUCUUUUUUUUAGCCACAAGAAAGUGUCACUUUAAUUAAACAGUAUUUUAAAGUAGAUGUUUUCCGUGGUGUGCAUUUAGACGGUUGAUUGAACAGUUCAAUGUGUUGCAUCACAGAGAAAGAGAAACUAAACCAGAGCAAAGUUCAAAUAAAAUGUCUUCAACAGGCUGCCUAGCUAAAGUUAGCUAGGUAGCUACGUUGAUGCUGCUACCAGUCCUCCUUUCUACAUAGAGUUUGUCUUUCAUAACGGCCGGAAUGUUUCAUUUUAUUACAUCAUAUACAUCAUUUAUAUUAAGUUCAGAUGGAAAAAAAGUUCAGAAGCAUGUGCUCAUUUGUAAAUAAGGAUAACAAUCCACAAUUAGAAGUCGAUCCUCUAGUUGCUGCAUUUUCCAAAACACUGUCCUGAAAAUAUUCCAGAAGCAAGAGGGCUUUUAUUUUGAAUUGUAAACAGGAAGUGAUGAGCUUAAAAACAAAUGUUUGUGCGUUCUGCAUUUUCUUACAGCCACAAUAUUGAAGUGUUGGACAGAAUAUGCUAACGAUUUAGCUUUUCAUACAGCCUCACAGGUGGAAAAUUAGGGAUGCACUGGUACCAAUUUACAAGUACUCACAUUUGAAUACCUACCUCCCGAUAUGAGUACUGAAUAAUACCAUAAAGUUCUUACAAUAACUAUGUUGUUGACAUUUUAAAGUUCAACAUUGUGUUUUCCUGCUACGAACCGUUAAACAGUUAAAAUAAAUAUAAAAAACACGGUUAACGUCAUGUUACUGUAGUGAUAUCGGGUGCGGUCGUAUUGCUGUAUUUUGGCCGAUACUGGUAAAGAAAAUGUGUAUUUAAAUUGGCAAUAUAGCAAUUAUUUUAUUUAUUCAUAGAGGGAAACAUGUUGGUCCAGAAACAAAAAGAGGCAGAGUCAGUCUCUCCGUCGCCGUCUGUCCACAGGACACAGUCACCAUUGUUUGUCCAGUUCAGACUCGACACAACAAGUCCUCGUCCAGCAAACAGCUGAACCCUCCUCAGGCAAAGACGGACAGCAGAAACAUGUCAAUGCAAGAAAAUCAUUUAUUAUGCAAAUCAGGUUUUUUUGGUCAUUUAGUUUAAAUGACCAAAAAAACAUCGAAACAAAAACAUUUGUUGUUUUUUUUGCUGCGUCACACUUGGCACAAAUAGCUGGUUUUCCUCUCGCCAUCGUUACUUACGUACUACCGGGGAGGACACAGCACACAUUGUCCUCGGGGAGGGAGUCUGCCUCUCAGCUGGCCGCCACAGUGAACAGUGCUACAGUACCACAGACAGCACAUGGAAGCCUCCAUGUGCUGUCCUGUCUGUGGUACUGUAGCACAUUUAUAGCAUUUAUUGCAUUUAUUGUAGCAUUUAUUGUGAAAGAAGUCGUCUCUGAUGGUUUCUGGUCUGAGCCGGUGCAGUCUGGCCCCCGAUAGAACACAUCGUGUUCAGGGUUUUAGAAGUACAGAAACAGAGCUUCCUAAAUGGAGUGAGAAAAAAACACAUUUUGCUGACAGUUUUGGAUGACACUUUAGCAAUAUUAUAUCAAACACUAGCUUUAGCAAUACGAGGCUAAAACAUCUGAAAACUAAUGUUGAAAAUGUUUAAUUAAAGUGGUCAAGUGAAGGGAAAUUCCCAGUGCAGACACCACUGGAAUCUAAUCAUCAAAUGUAGGAGUAGGUUGAUGUGUGUGUGUGUUUUUGUCCUUGCUACGUAGUGAGGACUAUGAACUUUUUAGCCACAGAGUGGGGACAUUUUAGCAAAGUGGGGACAUUUAGCCGGUCCUCACUUCUUCAGAGGCCUGUUUGAGGGUAAAGACCUUUUUUUAUUUAAUUUAAAGGUAGGGUUGGUAACUAACAAUAGCCAUGUUGGUUGUUUACAUUCACAAUGAUAAUUUUGAGGGAGUGGCUUUGUUUUUGCAUUAUUAACAUCUAACAUUUGAACGUCUCGUAGUCUGGAUGGAUUUACAUGAACGCCGAUAUUUUACUUUAAUCAGAAAAACAAGAUUCCUACUGCACUUCAGUUUCACCAUUCAUAUUCCAGAGUUUGGACAAUGUUCCUGUUUUCUUAAAAAAAAAAAAUGCCUCUACAUCCCCCCUAUCAUUUCAGAUAAAAAUCACAUGGACUUUAAUUUGUAGUUAUAGCCGUGGGUAAUGACAUGACAUUCUUGUUUAAUUGUAUUCUCAGAAUUAUCUGGAGGGUACUCCUCGUACGUAAACCACAUUCUUCUCUAAUCACCCGUUUGGCUUUGAUUUGUUGUCUGGCACCAAACUUGCAUGUCGGAGUCUUUUGUCUACGAGGCUGGCCGCCCCAGUCGCAGCUCCAGUAAUUAGACCGUCCCAUUCAUUCAGAAACAAUGGGGCGACGGGUACACUGAGGCUCACUGACCUUCUCCUAACUGCUCCCAGGACAGUUUUCUGGGAUAAGAUGGAAGUCCUGGGCGGGCUGGGAUCGCUGCCCCCUGAUUGGUGGACGGCAGCCAGGCUCCCACGGCAACCAAAGCACUUGUCCUGGAUGGUGCAGAGUCAGAUGAUUUUUUUUAAUGUCCUGUAGGGAAGUCUAAAUCAUAAAACAGUCGUGAAAUAUAAAGUAACAAGCAUCAUUUCCACAGAAAGCUUGCCGCCAAGAAGCCGUGUUUAUAUUCGGGUGAGUUUCUGUUACUGCUCACAUUAAGAGAUUUAAUACAAUACACCAGAUGAUUUGGCAGCAGCUGUCCAACUAGGCACAAAACCACCGUCGUCUCCUACUCGAACAUUCCUUUAAUUAAAAGACAUAUUCACUCUCAGAGAGACCCUUUACUGAUUCGGAACACAGAGCUACAGCAAAACAAAACAGCCGUCCUGAAAGAAAUCCUGACGUCAAGAAGGUUAUCCAAAUCAGAAAUGCUUGAUUGAAGUAAUUUUGCACAUAAAAGGAAUUUGGCUUGAUGAUUGGUGCAUGACAAUAAACCAUAGACUGUAUAUAAGAAGUGAACAUAGUCAUGGUGACGUCACCCAUUGGUUUGGGAACUGAUGUUAUGAAGCCUCGAGUUCAUCGAUUUCGUCGUCUUCACCUUGGAUACAUUGUCAUGUUGUUUUUCUUGCAACCAAUUAAAAGAAGUGACCAUAUUUGGACUGCGGAGGAGUGAUGUAGAGAUGCCUCUGGUAGAAACCUGUCAAUCCCAGUAAGCCCG